AUGUCCGCCAACGAGGAACAGACUUUCAUUGCCAUCAAGCCCGAUGGUGUCCAGCGUGGCCUCAUUGGACCCAUCAUCUCUCGCUUCGAGAACCGUGGCUUCAAGCUCGUUGCCAUGAAGCUCACCUCCCCAGCCAGGAGCACCUCGAGAAGCACUACGCUGAUCUCGCCACCAAGCCCUUCUUCAAGGGUCUCGUCGCCUGUUAACAUGCUGAGCGGCCCCAUCUGCGCCAUGGUCUGGGAGGGCAAGGACGCCGUCAAGACCGGCCGCGUUCUCCUCGGUGCCACCAACCCCCUGGCUUCCGCCCCCGGUACCAUCCGUGGUGACUACGCCAUCGAUGUCGGCCGCAACGUCUGCCACGGUUCCGACUCCGUCGAGAACGCCAAGAAGGAGAUUGCUCUCUGGUUCGGUGCCUCCGAGAUCCUCAAGUACACCUCCGCCCAGGCCGCUUGGGUUUACGAGUAA